AUGACACAAAGCACGAAAAACAUUCAUGCUGCUUCUUCAAGCCGGCAGCCAUCCGCAAGACUCAAACCUCUGGCCGUCCUCGAAUAUAAUAAGGGUAAAUGUGGUAUAGAUUAUUCAGACCAAAUGGUUUCCUAUGCUUCGACGAUGAGGAAAGGAAUCAAGUGGUAUAGGAAGCUUGGUGUUGAACUUCUACUGGGGACGUCAAUUGUAAACGCUUUGGUCGUUUACAAAAUUGCGACAAAGAAAACUGUAAAUAUUAGACGAUUCAGAGAACUGAUUGCUGCAAAGUUACUAGGACUGAGUGAAGAUUUAACACUGCCUUCUGUUCGACGAAAUACGCAUUGCAUCGCCGUUCGCAGAAAUAAUUUGGGGAAAAGCCUUAGACGCGCAUGCAAGCGGUGUUACGCAAAUAAAAGAGAAGAACUGGAACGAUCAAAGGCACGAGCAAAUCUCAGAAAACUCACUACUUUUUGUCCAAGCUGCCCUGGUCAACCGCAACUUUGCAGUGAAUGCUUCAAUAUUUUGCACUUAUUAUUAUCUCCUGUCAUAUAUUUAUCUAAAUAUGUUCGGAAAUCCUUUGGAAGGAGUCACCCGACGUGGCCUGAUGAGAACUCUUGCUGUCACCCGAAUACGGGUGACGUGGCCUGA